AGCUUCUCACUGGAGAACUUGAUCUUGACCAACACGUCUGGAUUCAUAGGAGAAAAAAAAACACUCAACAGUAAAUCCAGAGUCUGAGCUGUAAAUACCAAGAAGGUAAGACUUAACUUAACUUAUGUAACAGGGAAAUAGAUUCAUGUGGUGAAGCCUAAAGUGAUUUGCAUAUUGCAUUGAGGGUGCAUUUUUGGGCGUUUUCACAGCAGACUGCUCCUCUUCAGUUUAAUGAGAGUUUAAGGUAAAAGAUCUUUUUAAUGCAGAGGGGUAUUUCUGUGCAGACAGGAGUGUUUUAGAGGUGAAAUGCAUGUAAAUUAUGAGGAAUAUCUUCACUCUCAUUGUCUGUUCAUGUUUGCUUUGAGCCACAGGUUAAUUGAGUUUGAUCUCUUUUAGGGUUUUAUCAUCAUCAGCUUGGAUACCUGAACUCAACACUCACCUCUUGGGAACAUUUUGACUUUUUUUCCCACUCUUUUUUUUUUCACUUCAUUUUUUUUUCCCACUCUUGGGAUUUAAACUUCGCCCGGUCGGUGUGGUGGCCCCCUCCUUCCCGGAGAGGGUGUAGAGAGAUCGUUGGCCCGGAGAUGCGGUCCUUUCUCCCGCUGACUGUCUAUUGCAUCAGCCUGGUUUCCCUCCACCAGCUGCUGGCUCUGCCGGCGAAGGAGCGUCUCGACACCGACAGGUAAGACAGACGCUUCAUUUAAGUCUCCUACUUCGGAAAACCUAAAGGUAUUCUCCUCUCCUCUGAUUGGCUGAGUGGUUUUGUUAAAAUAUAACGUUUUACGCACGUGAAGCCGCAUUACGGCUGAUUUAAAUCCAUGCGCCGCGGACUUCAGAGACACUUGUCCGGCUGUUUGGGGGUCAGACUCAGUCAUCUGCAGAGUUUGUGACUCGGAAUAGUUUAAUGGAUGAAUUACACGGUUUGAAUCAGUGAUUUUUAGCUCAAUAAACCGGAUAAAGUUGGCUGUAAAACUUCGGUUCGCUUUACUGUCUUUUGUAUGGAAGCCCAAAGUGGUCUCCUAACUUUUUAUUCACUCCGUUUUGCAGUGACAGCCUGUGAAUAUCUGAUUGUUUCCCCAAGAUCUUGACUUAUAUUCACUAUUUUCUACAAACAAGUUUUAUGUGACCAUAUGAAAACAAAACUUAAUUUUCCAUAGCUUUAGCCUGAAGGGACUACUUUUAUGGGCUCCUACUUCAGCAAACCUAAGGAUAUUCUCCUCUCCUCUGAUUGGCUGAAUGGUUUUGUUAAACUAUAACUUUCACACACAUCAAGCCGCAUUACGGCUGAUAUAAAUCCUUGCGCUGCAGACUUUAGAGAGACACUUAUCGGGCUGUUUGGGGGCGGUCAGACUUAGUAAUUUGCAGAGUUUGUAACUCAGAAUAGCUGUAUUGGUGGUAUUUAGUUUAAUGGAUAAAUAACAUGUUUUGAAUCAGUGAUUUUUAGCAAAAAUAAACCAGAUAAAGUUGGCUGUAAAACUUCGGUUCGCUUAACUGUCCCAAAGUGGUUUCCUAACUUUUUUAAAAACUUUUAUUUACUGUGUUUUGCCGUAACAUCUCCACAAGUUUAAUAUAUAUGAAAACAAAACAUGACGUUACCUAUCAAACUAAAUUUUCCAUUGCUUUAGCCUGAAGGGACUACUUUUAUGGGCUCCUACUUCAGAAAACCUAAAGGUAUUCUCCUCUCUUCUGAAGUGCUGAAAGCUUUCGUUAAAAUAUAACGUUUGACGCCGGUGAAGCCACGUUACGGCUGAUUUACAGACAUCUGAGAGACACUUGUCUGGCUUUUUGGGGGCAGUCAAACUCAGUCAUUUGCAGAGUUUGUGACUCACAACAGCUGUAGUGGUAGUAUCCACUCUUUUAUUUAUUGACCGUAUGAAAACAAAACAUGACGUUACCUAUCAAACUAAAUUUUCCAUUACUUUCGCCUGAAGGGACUACUUUUUUAACACUUAACACUAGAAGAUUAACAUAAACACACCUGAGAUUAUCACAUUUUCUACUAUAGGUUAUAUAUUUAUCAUGUUUAUUUGUUCAGUAAAGGUAUUUUGUGAAGAGCUGAGUCAUUUUAGCUUGUAGCCGGAUGAAUAUAUAUGGAAUCAGGGUUAAGCUGCUGUGUGUGAGAGAAGUGAAAGUGCUGUAUUGUUGUGUCGGGUAGAUUGUGGAUAAUAGACUGCAAGGUCAAAGGGCUGUGCCGUGAUACACUGAAACAUAUCCUUAUCUUAUCCUGGAGAGAAGCCCUGUUACACAGCACGUCAGCUGUGAGAGAAGUGACAGAGUUAACUCAGCGAUACAUUAUUAAAAUAAACCGCUUUAAAACAGAAAAAGACUCACUCAAGUGUCAUUUCUUCGAAUAACGGAGCCUGAGAGUGUUUGUAACAGGCAGAACUUGUCGUAGUUUCUUUUAUUCUGGCUUUACCGAGGAGUGGAAGAGAAAGUAGGCUAAAGUUUAAAGGCUUAUGAGGAGGUCAAGAACAGAAGCAGCCGAUCAUUUCUGCCUGUUUUACAGUCAAGCUGACCCCCAGGAAGCACAUGCACAUAGUGUAUUCACUGAAAAGUUGAGGUGUUAUUACCCUAAUGUUGUAAAUAUGAGUCUCAGUCACAUGUUUUUCUGAGUCUCGAGGUUUUGUUUAAUCUCCUGUGAAUUCUCAAGUGGAAAACUGUAAUUUCUAAGGCGGGAAAACCAGUUUGUCCCUCUUGAAUAGCCCAGCAAGAAAUACCAGCGUGAGUUAUUGUUUAGAGUGGCACCUGUACUUUUCCAUCCCAUAGGUGGUACAGCUUUUACUCCCAUAAUGCCGCAGUGAGGCACAACAACAGGUCUGGUUACUAACAGUCUGAUGCACGGUAUAGUGACGGUUUACCUGCUGUGGUGCGUAAGAGAGGCCUGCUGGCGAUGCAAUACAUGUGUGGUGUUUCACUGUUGAGGGGCUAUGAGGAAUGUGGAUGGGUUGAUGUCAGGGCGCCCUCUUCUGGUGGAGUUUGGAAGCGCGGGUGCAGGAUCAGGGUCAUGAUAGUGAAGGAUAAUACACACAAAAAAGCAAAUUUCUUGUCAUUUUAGAGUAAUAUUGGUGUUUAUAUGUAGAGUUUGGAUGCAGCUUGGAUUUUGUGUCACAACUUAAGCAAUCUAAUUAUUUUUUGGGGGUCAUUUCUUGCCUAAUUUUACACAACUUUUAGAACAUAUGAUGAAAAAUAGUUUACUAAAUGUGCAGCAUACAAGGUGGCAGAGUUUUUAAAACAAUCUUGAAUACAAGUUUGUGCUUUAUUUUGUAAUAAUGAGCAUAAUAAACACAUAAAAUGAGUCACAGAGUUUAUAAUAAUAAACUUUUACAUCCACCUCUGCUGCUAAAAACAGGGUCAGAGGAUGUGGGAGUGAAAUUUUCCACUCACUGAUCAUUAAACCACAAACACAUUCGAGUGAAGCCAAACCAAAACAAAGAAAAGCCCGGCUCCUGUAUCCCCUCUACGGUCUGGCAUCUUUCCCACCAUUAUCCUCUCAGUUUUAGAGUUAGAGUCAUUAACCGGCUGAUAUCUUACUUUAAUGUUCAGUAAUAUCAACAACAAUAACGACAUCAACUCAUCUACCUUGUCUCAGAGACUUUUGUGCGUUUAAUUCUUACUCAGUGAAGACGUCCCUGAGCAUCUUAUUCUUGCCCCUGGCGUGGGUGUGGAUCGAUCAUUACGUGUAUCCAAGAAACACAUUUAGUGAAUGACAAAUUACUUUGGGCGGCGUCCCUGUUCAUAGCAAUAAUGAUGAUAGGAGUCCUCACUGUUACGCAGAGAUAAAGAGCGACGAUGACGUGAGAUUGCGGUAAGAACCGUCUGCUCCCUCCACCUUUUCUUACCUAACUAUCUCUUCACCGUGACUAUAAAACCUAACCUAAUUAUGAGACCAAUUAUCUAACACGGCAGCUACUAAGAAGAGUUUGAAUCAAAUAACUUUAAUAUGAAUGAACCACAAUCUAAAUAAGACAAAAUAAACACAAACUGAAUUGGCUCUGAUAGAAUUCUGAAAACAGCAGAAUGGAAAUCUGAACACAUCUGCAAACAUCCAAUAAAGAUAAUCAAUCAUUUAAAUUAUGGUCUACAGACAGUGCCAUUAUUUGAAACACUCGUCAAUAAAUUAGUCUACUUCUAAAAAAAUGUAACUCAAAAACACUCGGUAUCAGCUGUCGGCAUCAACUUUACUGAUAUUUUCAACAUCGUGAUCAGCGUCUGCUCUGGUUUGCACCGUUAUAAUUUCACUUCACCAGGAUGUGAACACUAACUAUCUGACUUGAACAUGAAUCCAGUGGUCGUUGUAUAAGGUUUAAGGCCGAAUGCUGCUGUUUGGAGUGGAAAUGUGCACAAAUGUCCCUUUUGAAUCUAGUUGUCAUCCAUGUUUGUUUACAUCCAGGUGAUAAAGAGUUAUAGCAGUAUGAAGAGAAACAGCCUCAGCCGAGAUAACCAACAUUUUUGGGCCCACAAUGAUCAAAAUAUUCAAAAUAAUAAGUUAAAAAGACGAGAAAUUUUAAUGUUGACUUGUAGGGUUGAGGUUGAGUCGACCAAACUUGCACAUUUCUGUCUUAAGUGGACAAACUUUUCCAGUUUCAUGAAGAAGAAAGUGUCCACCACCACCACCGUUCCCAGUUAAGCCAGAUUUGGACCCACUCUCCUCUGGUCUCUUUGCAAGAAAUCUCCCUAAAACCAAUUCCUGCUUUUGAGUCUGGAAGCCGUUUUUAGAUUAGACGUCUUAUAGAGUCAUAAAUCUCGACUAAAUCUGAUUUGUUCGAAUCAUGUGCCCGUAGCUGGUUUCUUGCAGUGAUCGCAGGAUUGUGGAGCGUGUAAACACCAUCGCUGAGCGCCUCUGGUUGGGUUAUGACAUUUACUACUGCAGCUGAUCCAGUCUACACAAAAGUAUUUCCCUCUGAUGACACAGUGACAGACUUUUCCUUACACGCCAUUUGUCAAUCGCCCCUCAUAAACACCUCGUCUGACUUUUAUUAGGACGGUUAAUCCUGCUCUGUAGCCCAAACAGCACGUCCUGUUCUGUUACCAUCAGCAUGAUAAUAACAUACAUGACUGUUCACAUUUCUCCUCUCUGUUUGUCCCCAUGUAUCCUGAUAAGGACACGACAAACAAAACGCCACAAAGAUGCUGUAAAAAUGGCUGACGGGCGGGCGGGCGCUUUCCAAACACGGAGAAAUUGCAUGUUCUCGGGGAUCACACGCAACGCAUACCCUUCAUUGUCCUUUUACGUAACAUCUUGUGGUUUCAGUUGUAAGGGGGAAAUAGCCGAGGUCAAGUUAAAUACGGCUUUAGCGUCGAGGUCGCUUUACAAUACGGAUUCCAGAAGUGGGAAGUGGCUCGUUGUAAAGCUCGCUUGUGGUUGGAUUUUGUUGCGUCGACCAUCUCUGCGUUCGCUUGGUCUGAAUCGGGGAUACGAUGACAUGACAAGUCAGUGUGUGCAUGUCGUUGUUCCAACAGUUUUGAGGCCAAAUAAAGUCAUGUUUUCCCCCCGAAUGACUCGCUAAAUCAUUAACCAAAUAACGUCAACUCUAACGUAGAUGCUCCUAACAAAAUAUUUACCAGGGCGCCUUUCCUGACGUGUUGAUGUUUGUUGAGCCACUUGGCACACGCAGCAAACUUGAGCUCUGCGCUCUUGAUUUGCAGAUUAUAAUCUGACAUGUUUUCACUUUAUCAAGGAACAACAGGAACAUCACUCCUCCUUCAGCUGCAUAUACAUUCUCAGAAAACCACUUUUCUUCUCGCAGGAUGAUUUAAACCAGGACGUCCUCUGCUCGAAGUCAGCUCAAGAGACGUCACUUCUUGUAUAUAUUCUUUAAUUCGUUGUGUGCUGUAAACAGGAUAUUCUGCUCGGAGAUGUAUGUACAGAAUAAACAGUCUUAUAGCUUGUUGGGGGUCAAUCUGAGCGAACCCAGGCUGAGGAGGAACUGUGAGGGAGCUGGAGGAGAAUUCCUCUGUGGAUUAAUGGCUAAGACCUAAAUUCCACCCUCUAUAUCCAUAAAGAGCAGGUUUCCACUCUGCGCUGAAAGCCACAACAGUGUAAAAGUAAUACAGUAUCCACGCUGUCUCUCUUUACAUCAGUGAAAUACUUGAGCAGCUGGAGUUUUGGAACAAGAAGACAGAAGAGAGACAAAGGCGGAGGAAUCCUUGAGAGUUUUGUUGUUGGCAUCAGCAGCGUCUCGUCUACACACCCUGCGUUGAUGUGGUUUAAGCGCAGACACAUAGUUUGCCAUCUGCAUCCUCUAUAUACAUGUAAUUUAGCGGGGAUUCUGCAGUAAGCUCGCUACAAUGCUUAGAAAGAAAAUCACAUCCCACUGAGGAGGUUACGAAAGCAGAACAACUCACAAACAAGUAGCACCAGUGUUUUCGCCGAUAAAUCACCUUUUCAUUUAUUUUUGUCCUGCUUCCUGUUUACAACAGUCUCCCCUCUGUCUCUAAGAGGGGGAUUAUAAAUGAAUGUGCCGUUUUUACUGCCGAUUAAGGCUGCCUUGGUAAGCUGCAGCCUCACUGGUAAUCGUCCAGUAUCAGCAGAUUGGCACCAAAGAUUGGGCUCGCCCCCUGGAGGUCAGGGUUGGCACUGCGGUGAAGGCGCUAAUACUUAAUUAAAUGGUGUUUGCUACCUUUGAAAUCAAACAGAAAACAUUCGACUUUCUUUGUCUCUGUCUCAAAGUGCAAAAAAAUGCAGUUCCUCAAGUGUCCACUUGGGGCUGGCUGCAAAAGCCAAGUAAUCCCCAUUAGGUCUCAUGUUUAAACACCAGUUUUUACAGCGAAAUUUAACAAGUUUACAGCGUGGUACAAAAACAUUUCUGGUCUCUAUAGCUCGGCUCUUUCUUUGUCAAAUAUAAUAGGAGUUAUAUUUUGUUAUCUGUUUUAACAGUCGUGGUUUUAUCAGGGCUGAGAAGAGCCGAAUUGACUGCAGAGAGGCUAAGGCUGGUGGUGCAAGCUCUGCUAGAGUUAGCAACACACGGCAAACCAACCGGACACAGUUCUGCGCUGAUUUAGUGAUUUUUAUCCAUGAUGAAUAACGGCACAAUCUUUUUUUACAUUUUCUACAUUUGGACUAGUCUGACAGUCAAAACUAGGGACGCACUGAACCGCUUUUUUCACCUCCGAUACCGAUACAGAUAUCUACAGUUUAGUAUCGAUACAAUUCCGAUACAGACAAUCCACACUGAAUUACUUUUUAUUGUAACCUGAAGUUUGGAAUGUUUACUGCGCAGGUAUUGCAAGUGGCCGUCGAGCUUGUUGGUGGAAAACAAUGAAAACAACGUGGGCGUACGAUCAGCGUGUUGACUCAUGGAUGCCACUCAUGGCGCAUUGUCACGAUACCCGAUCUAGAAUUUUCUUCAGUAUCAAAUAUCAGAUCAGUACAUCCCUAGUCAAAACAAGGAUAUCAGUCACUUCGGGACAUCUCGUGAGCUUGCCGUUACCACUCCAGCUGUGAUUUGACAUCCUGACGGUAGCAGUACCAUGAGACAGUGAACCAAACAAGGAAGCAAAAAGAGACGAGUCUUGAGUUUUUCUCAAACUACAAGAUCCUUGAAAUCGUCUUCAGUGAAAAGGAACUUUAGUUCAAAGCUUAAUCUUUGACCAUUCAAGGUGUCAGAUCCCAGGGGACUGAACAAUCAAAGUUAGAAUAGCUCAGACAUGUUUGAUCGGCUGCCAGAUGUGGAGAUUUCCAUUCCUGUCGAGUUUCGGGAUUACAGCGCCAACAGUCACAUUAGCUUGUCUUGUGAGAUCAAACGUGACUGGGUGGGAGGGUUUUCUUCUGCAUCAUGAUUUUCACUUCAGGAGGAGGAGAAAAAAAAAGUGCACUUGAGUCCAAAAUCUUUUCAACAGGAUGUAACUGGAGCUGCCUCUGGGCAUGCUGACUCAGAGCUUGGCCUUUACCCACCAUUACAGACGCUUUAAACAGCCCUCACUUUAAAACAUGACAUUUAGAUUUGGCAGUGUGCUGUUACAGAGCUGCUUCUUCUAGUUACCGUCCAAUUAUUUUUCUAGCAUACUGGAAUUCAUAAAACAGAAAUGUUGGCUCCUGUUUGAGGUCUGGAGGGGUCGUUAAAAAAGCAGACUCUAUCGAAACACAGACCUUAUGUGUCAGAAAAGCUCAGGUAAGUAAGCGCCAGUUUGUUCUUCACAAGGUUUACAACGUCGUCUACUUCACUGAAUAAACAAAACUGGAUCAUUGAGGAGGCAGCUGAACCUCUGAGGCCCAAAAGACUCAUAUUUAUGACGUGGGACAUGGCCUGUCGACAAACCAACCUGCAUUAUAAGACGAUAUCUGUCGUCUGUGCUUGUUUACAUCCAGGUAGUAGAGCUUUGUACCUUAAAGGUGGGAUAGUCAGGAUCUGAGGAAGUUCCAGUUUUUGGGAGAAAUCUUGAAUGUAAACUCUACCCCUCCCAACCUGUUUUCCCCUCAGCUCCUCCUCUCUGCUCCAGCAAGCCCCGCCCACAAACAGAUGCUCCUGCUCGCUCGUAUCGUUCCAAUUAAAUUCGAGUGAAAGUCAAAAGCAUUGGUGCUACUGUAGAUGCCAACAGACUACCAGCAAACACAAUGUUUGCAGGACUUCUACAACUAGGAUAAAGUGACAUAGUCCAGGACCCGAGGUCAACAGUUUAGCGAUGGCGCUACAACACGCCUACUGUCCGAUAUCGUAGCACGCUAACUUUGUUUGGGCUCCUGAACAACAACGGGGGAGCAGCGUCUGCCUCACAACCAAUCAGGUCAGGGGAGGUAGAGAACAGCUUUGUUUACGGUUAGAAAGAGCGGAUCGCUCAAACCCAAACUCUUUACCCAGUAUAGUGAAGAUUGGACCUGAUGGACCGACUUCCCUGGCUUUAAAAAACAGAUUAUAGACGUUUUCCAACUCCUGACUUAACUAAAUUCCCGAAACAUGAGGUCAAAGUGUCCCUAAAACUUUGAAAAGGUCUAUCUGGGGCAGGAGGACACCAGGUUUUCAGAUGGUUUUUUUUCUGUUUUUAUGGCCCAUCAAAACUGAAAAAGUCAGACUGAGGAGUGUCGAAGCGCUCUGUUGGAAAGAAAAUGAAGUGAAAUUGGAGUCACAUGAACUCACCAUCUUUACAUCCAGUUUGAACCACAGACACAACACAAGCCGGUUUGUUUUUCUUGAUGCAUAUAAAGACAACAGUUUGAUGAGAGCUGCUCUCCUGUGCAGCCAGAUCUGACUGCAGCCAAGGUGGGUGUAACUUGGUGAUGUGGCACUGUGGCACAAUGAGUCUGUCCUGGAAAUAGUGCCUGCCUCUGUCCAUAGCCAGGCGUUAUGCAACUAUUUAUUCAGCCACUGUUGCACAGCGGGUCAUUUCCAGGCUACUGGACCUGUCCAGCUGCAGAGGAGACCAAAAGCUUCACAUUUUAGCGAGGAAUCCCAAACCCGCCACAGAACGGGCUCUCUGAAUAAGACCGCCACUGUGAUGUCUCACCAUGAGUAAAGACUGAGGGUUCAAAUGAUAAAACACCAGUCAGCAUUUCACAAGUGGAACAUGCUUUUAUAAUUAGAUACACUGCGGUUUCUGGAUUCAGGACAAGAGCGCCAACACUGAUGCAGUGGAAGAUUUUUUCCCAAGACUCAGAGAAGCAAAUAGCAGACAUGUUUGCCUUAGGAUAAAAGAGGACAUUAACGCUGACGUUUUCAUUUUAAUCCACUGGCUUUUGGAUGCAACAUUUUCCUUUUUUGCUGUUGGAGAUGGUGACUGGUGACGGUAAAUGUUCAGGGACUUGGGUCAGGCUGUGCUGCUGUACAAACACAGCAGCAUCAGUUCAGAGAAGAGCGGCAGGGUCAAGUUGUGAGAAGUGAGGGUCUUUGUCAAACAAUGAACAGAUGGCAGGAUGGUUGGUGCGGUGUUUGCCGAACAGUCUGUGCCUGCUGGUCCACCGCUCUGUAGAACCUGUCCAUGGUAACAGUUCAUUUACUCCAAUGUGCAGCUUCAGAAACCUGCUCUUAGAAAGACGUCAGUUCACCUGAACUCCUUCGGUAUUUUUACACUUAAACGACUAGUUUUACAUCGUUGGAGUCGAACUAAAACAUUUGCAACCACCACUGUAGAUUGACUGAAUAAUUACAAUGCCAUCUUUGGGAUAAAUGCAUCCGAUUACGAAACUCAAGUUAAAUUUUUCACUUGGUUGCAUAAAUUAAGCAAAAGUUCAGGAGCACUGAGUUAAAAUGAAGACGCACCGACAUUUUUUGUGUUCUGAACUCUCAGUUUUCAGUCUUGCAAUUCAGAUGCAUUGAUGUACGCACCGUUACCUUCAACCUUUGAUGAACACGAUGCAUUUUGAACACGGUGCAUUGUGAACAUGGUGCAUUUUGAACACGGUGCAUUGUGAGUAUAAUGUAUUGGAAACAUGGUGCAUUGUGAAUAUGGUGCAUUUGAUGAUGAUGCAUUGUGAACACGGUGUAUUGUGAACAUGGUGCAUUCUGCCAUUUUCAAAUAAAGUCAACAAACACUUUGAAAAAUUAAGCUUUCGCUGCAGCUGGUGCAUUUACAUUAACAACUUUGCCAUCGCCAGUUUCAGGAGUUCGAGAAAUCUCUUCAUCUUCUCUCUGCAUCUCUUUGUUAGCUCUAGUUAGCUCUUCGUCUAAGCUAGCAAAAAGAAAGGAACUAAAUCUUACAUUGGCACUCGAAGUUCAGACUGCUUGGUUAGUUAAUUUCUCAGCCGAUGUAGAAAAAUGUCAAUUUUUGUUAGUGGAAUCUGGUGACUGCGAAGCUCUACUUCAUACCGUCUGUGCUUUAUUUAUUCAGACCCCUGGAAGGCCUCGGUUUCUAAAUGCUAAGAUUCAGUCAUUGUUUUAGUUUUAUUUACAUAUUUUCACUCAAUUCACUGAAGGUUCUUGUCUGUGGCUUUAAAAGCAGGAGGUAGAUGAUUUUUUUUUUAGUGUUUGAUGCCCGAGCGUUGUAACGUGAUAUUUAAACUCGUCAUGAGAAACCGAUCUUUUCAAAGAACAACAUCCCGGUUACUUCACUGCCAACAGUCUCCUUUUUACAGGAAUAUUUCCCCCUGAGAGAAAACAGUUUCUUGGAAAGAUGUAUUGUUUUUGGUGAUUUGCUGAAAUGUCCCUUUGCAGAGAGAAAAUCUGACUGCGAGUUUGACUUGUUGUAGUAUGUAUUGAAUCAACAUAAAGCAAUGUUUAUUAGAUCCCACAAAGAAAUGAUUUAUGCCAGAAGGGAAAUAAUCAGGAUAAUCUGACUCAGUGAGUUUGUUUUAUUUCUUAACUGAGACUUUAUUGUUUUCUUUCCGAGCCGUUCAGCCUUCCUGGGACUUUCUGGUUGGGCGAAAUCCUCCUUCCAAUCACUGCUGGGCAUUAAACUUGGCGUGGUCCAGGGUUUGAUUCAUUAAUGUUUAAGUCCAGACAAACUCUGAGCACAUGUUUCCUCAGGCGCGAUGUAAAGAGCCUUCAGAAGAUAACGUCCACAUGGAUCAUGUUUUCACCCAGUUUCUCUUCUGUUUUUAGGUUGGACCUCCUUGACAAGCUCCUCAACCAGAAAGAGGAUGAAACUUCGGCACCAGAGAGCCAGACUCCUUCUGUCGCCCCCUCUCAGACCCCCAGCGAAUCCCCCAAAUGGCUGCCUGGUUUCCUGACACAGAAACCAGCUUCAGGAGCGAGAACAGCCUCGCCAAACCUGGCGUGGGCAAGACCUGCCGAGUCUUCGCAGGCGGAGCGUAGGACCCUCAGGGCUCGUCGCCAUGCCCAUUCAGGAUCACGAAACGCUCACCACCACCCCCACCAUGCCCAGCUAAUGAGAGUGGGCUGUGUCCUGGGAACUUGUCAAGUGCAGAAUCUCAGCCACCGGCUUUAUCAGCUCAUCGGUCAGAGCGGCAGAGAAGACUCGUCCCCCAUCAACCCUAGGAGUCCUCACAGUUACGGAUGAACUCCGACCACCUAAGACGCCCAUAGCAAGUCGAUCUUCAUCUUCAUUUAUUUAUCUCUUAACGUAUUACUGCUAGUCUUGGCAUUAGAGUUUGAUGUAGUCCAUUUGUUUGUCCAUCCCACAAUGACACUUUCACUCCUCGUAAACGUCCCCUUUGACUUUUGUGCUCAAUGAUGGAUUUAAAGACUGAUGUUCAAGAGCCUGACUGACUGAAUCUUCUGUAAACGCCCACUUUUCAGUUCUCCAUCCAACCAAGAACUCUUGUCUUUUGAGGAAAACCACAUUUAGAUCUUGAUGGUACAAGCUUCAGAUUGUGACUCGACUGAAUCUACUUUAAAACCCAGGAUUUUGGGUCCUUCGUUUGACCCAAUUCUUUCCCCGUCCAUGAACUCCCAAAAGAAACUGAACAACCUUAAUUUGACGUCUUAAUCCUGUUAAUACAAGAAUGAAGGUCUGUCCUAAACGCCGCCCCGCUGCCAAGACCUGUCUGCCAACUGACCUCCUCAUUGGUGGUUAUCCCAUGGCUCAUUGAUCAAACACUUAAGCCCCUAAUGUGGACUCUCAGACCCAGGGUCCUGUCACAACCAUUGCAUCCCGAAGAUCCAGUCAAUCAUGUAAACGAUCCAACGAACCCUUCGACCUCAGAGUCAAAACCAUCGACUCGUGUAAGUUCAACAUGAACUCCCAAAACCUUCUGGUUGGACCAGGAAUUUGUCACUCAGCAGGACUUUGUGUUUCAGGACCACAGUUUACAUUCAGAACCGGCCAAAGGACUUUGGUUACACCCGAGUUUAAGAGCAUUCUGGGGUCAGGACUUGACCACACACACGCUGAAAAGGAAGACGGGGGUCAGCGUCCAAACAGACCUCCCAAAAAGACCAUUUUCAGUGUUAGACAACCCAGCAGGUGGUGAGGAGAACCAGGGAGGAGAUGGAAAGGGUUUUUGUUGCUCCACUCACAGAGACCAGGAGUGAAAUAUGAUCCCUUUCACAUGAUUCUUAAGUCAGGACUUUGGGUUGACAGCAGUUUAAUAAACCUGGUCUGAUCACUGGAGGGGGGUCCUGGUCCUGAGCCUCAAACGAUCUCUAUAUCCGACUCUGAUAAACAAAAAGUGAAUCACGAGGUUUCCAAAUAAUCUGGGCCCAAAAAUGUUCAAAGAGUUGAUUCACCAAAUCCUCGGAUGUCACUCAACGAGGAGUUUUGAUUUUGGAUUGAAAAGUUUCUGUCGUUCAGAGCGCUUCUGUGGCGCCGUCACUUUUCAAAAACUCAAGUUUAGAUCCCAAAUACUCCCACAAGGCGCCUCUUGGAUGUUUUGCUGCUCUGUCCACUUUAACAGCAGCGAACGUCCCCCAUCCUUCUACGAAAUCAUCAUUGUAUUAAUGAACUGAAGUCAAAAGUGUGAUUCGAUAGUCGGGUAACGAGGAGAAGACUCUGAUUGAACAGCUCUUUAGAGUUUGGAUCAAACUUGGGUUUCUGAUAAAAAGUGACGGCCCCAUUCUUUUCUGUCCUUUUUAAAGUGAAUCUGCCAAAAUCAAACGUUCUGCUUUCGCUGAAUAAUUCUCUACAGCUGAAGACCGAACAACCAAACGUUCCAGUCCCAAUUCUGUUUCUAAGGCCCUACAAAUAAACCCGAUCCCCACGCUUUUUACGGUGCAGUAAUUACUUUGGUUUCCCCUCCUCCAAACCAACUAAGGCCUUAAACGCAGACUUAAAAAUGGAUUGGUGGAAAAUUCCCAGAAUGAUUUGCCAACCGAGGCAGUAAAACGUCUAACAAAUCUAACAGGCACGUGUUUAAUUAGAAAAUGCUUAAUUUGUUGGAGCAUUUUCGUUUACUACCCGUGCAGAGUCACAUGUCAUUUGCAGCAAUCACUGCUUUCUUUUACAUAAUCUAAUUUUCCCUCCAUUGACUCAAAGUUGAAGUCAAGGUUUUAAAGUGCAGAAUUGGAGGUCAAUGCAAAGCUCUCAAAGUUGGCAAACCAAUCACCAAUCGGCCGUAUCUUCUAAUAAAGCGCAUUCGCCAUGAAGUAUAAUAGGUUACAUGAAUGUUUAUGGAGGAUAACUUAAGGUUUAUAAGUUUACACACAGUUUUAUUGGCAGCAACAGGCUCCUUUUUUGUUCACAUGUACUUAGUGAAAUGGGUUUAAAUUAGUCCUGAGCUGGAGGCCAAAAGCUCUGCUGUUACAUUGUGGGUUUCUAAUGAGAAACUCCAGCAACCAAAAUGUUAGGUGUGAGAGUGCCCGUUUUCAAAUAUGUACACAGAAUGGCUUAGCACCAUCAGAAAUACAUGCCCUCACAGUUCCUUUCUUCUAUGUUUGUCCGGCCCUGAAAUGGUGGGCGGAUUAUGGGCCCAGAAUAACCGAGGUCAAGCUCUCCAAAGCAAGCGCGCCAGACUUUGACGGGCCUGAAACUUUCCAAAAAGUUCAACCCUUUCCAUAAAUUGUAUUUUUUUUUUUAAAGUAUUACAUACUUCUGAACUUCUAUUCCAAGACUUUACUAUCCGGUGGUCUCGGCUUCUCUUGCAAAGAGCGGUUGAGGGUUUCGCUGUAGGAAAACAGUGCUGGCCCACUUUCUGAAGUUUGUGCAGAGUUCAGCUUUGAUUACGUGGUCGAUCACGAGUGUUUUAGCUUUUGCUUUAAAUUUCACAAAGAGCAUUAGUUUAAACUCACCAAAAUACCUGGCGAUACUUGACAAAUCGAAAAGACUUUACAACAUGUGAUCUACGUCUGAUGAUAAUGUUUGAAUCUUUAUUUUUCUGCUACUGCUUUGUGACUUUAUGCUUCUUCUUUGGCAUCGAGAGUUUCUUUUUAUAUCCAGCCUUCAAGUCACAAUCCUGACUCUCUUGUGUCUGUAAGAAUUAGGGGGCCUGGAGGUCACAGGGUCACAUCCUUUCGUCUUAAACCUAAUCUGUUCAAAGGCUUGCUGAGGUGAAACAUGCCAUUCUCUCUGCUGUAAUGGAGCUAAUCAAUGUCUCGUGACGAAUCAUUAAAAGACUUUUGAAAUGCUCGAAAACCUUGGUGAAUCUCUCUACUUUUUAAAAUGUGCUAAUUCUGUGUUUGAGCUGCUGUACGCGUCCUAUCAGGAGACUUAUCUCCUGUGUUGAACCUGCUCUCUGGACCAUUGUGCUCGCUGUGACGUUAGAAGUUGCGUCACGUAAAGUUGCGCGAGCACGACCGCCAAUACCUCCCCCCGUAGAAACACCCAGAGCCUUCAUGCUAUUUGCAAAAGAGGAAAGAGUGCAGACGGAGUUUGCAUGUGAAAUAUCCCAGAUGCAGAUAUUUUUUUGUUUUAUUUUGAAGGUCUCAUGGUCUCCUUUAGGGUCACAGGAAAGCACUUUAAUGCAAACAUUUGUUUCUUCAUUUCACUCACUGUGAUGAACUUGUGAACGUUUGAUGAGGCUCCUCUUGUAAAUGUUGCAUUUGAGAUUAAAUGUGUUUGUAGAUGUCGGUGCGCUCCAUGUGGACGCACCUCUGAAAAAAAGUAUAUUUAUAUAUAUAUAGCCAAACUAUUUAAAUAAAGUUAUGUAUUUAAGUUAUCUUUGUAUGUUCAUAUCUGUAUGUCACCAAAGAUUAUUUAUCUCUCCUUCAACGUGACCGUAUGGUAGAAAAGGAAGUCUUACCUGUAGUUAAAGUGUUACUGUUUAACAAUGUCCUGUACUCUGUUAAAUAAAGAACUCUACUGUAGCA